AUGGCUACAGAGACGCGUCAACGACUAAACAACAAUAAAGAAGAUCUAUCAGAGAAGGAUGUAGAGGACAAACCUAAAUACUGGGAUCCGCUCACGGACGGAUUAAGAUGGGUGGAGAACUAUGCCGACUCCAUAGAGAAAUUCUUCAAUAAACUACCUGACUUCAUAGCGACGUUUGUCGCCACACUAGCUGUUUUCACUCUGGGCUCUACUUUAAGAGGGGAAUGGGUGGUGAUACUAGUAUCAGCCCUGAAGCAGAUCUCGGGGCAGACGCAGACGGAGAGGAACAUGACCACGGAGGAGAUCUACAAGCUGUUCACGCUGGAGAACCUCAAGAUGGAGCACUUCUCCACCAUCUUCAUAGCGGCGCAUGUCGUCUCGUACGGCACCUACUUCCUCAUCGGAGGAUUCCUCCACUGGUAUUUCUACGUCCGGAGAAGGCAUUUAGCCCACGAGUGGAAGAUCCAGCCCACAAAAUGGCUAUCUCCUGAGCUGGAAAGACAUGAGAUAAUGCUGGGAACGCUAUCAUUGUUCGUCACCGGUUCCUUCUCCGCCAUGCUGGCCACCUACAUUCUGAACGGGAAUCCUUCGACCGUCUACUUCCAGUUUGACGAGUACGGCUACUUGUGGCUCUUCCUGCAGUUCCCACUUCUAUUCAUAUAUAUGGACUACACAACAUACAUCCUGCACCGACUGUACCAUACGCGCUUCCUGUACAAGCACUUCCACAAGCUGCACCACAAGUACAAGCAGCCAACUGCCUUUUCCGUCACCGCCAUCCACCCCGUCGAGAUUAUGCACGUCCAGCUCACCAUGGUGCUGCCGCUGUUCACCGUCAAUGUACAUUGGUUGCCGUUCUUCACGAUCGUGAUGUAUAACUACUAUCACGGCAUCAUCGACCACUCCGGCAUCCACUUCAAAACGCAGUGGUGGCAGCCCUGGCAGCCGCCCUCCGAGUUCCACGACCAACAUCACCUCUUCUUCCACUGCAACUUCGGAUUCAACAUGAGCCUGUGGGAUAAGUUACACGGCACAAUGAGGAAGGAUAAGCAUGUUUACACAGAGGAUACGUUCGUCGGAGAGGCGCCGACAAUCGACUCGGCUGAAGGCAAGAAGAUCCUCGAGGUAGACGAAGACGUCAGAGAGUUCGUCGAAAAGCAGGGCAUUACAGCCCAGUAA